AUGCAUGUCUGCUUGUGCACAUGUUCGUGUGUGUGCACAUGUUCGUGUGUGAGUUGUGUGUGCGCGCGUAUGUGUGCGUGUGUGCGUGUGCUUGUGGUUCUGUGCAUAUGUGUG